UCUCUAACGCCAAAAUCCCCGCACUUUCCAUUUUAUAUAAAAGCGCAGGGAGAUCAGACGAUUUGCACGAACGCUAACACCAAGUUACCAACACAAAAGCAAAAAGACCACAUUUCCUCGUUUUCUCAGAAUCUGUAACCCAACAUUCUCGGUAAACGAACAGCCACCUCUGAAUUAUCGCAAUCACCACCAAGACAGUUCGUUCGCAUCCACUUCCUUAUGGAAUCUACCAAGACCAAGUUACAGAGCAAAAACAGAAAGAAGAGCGAGAGCAUGAAUAAGAAGAAUAGGUUCUUUCUGUGCUUUAGACCGGUCUCCAUGGACGGUUCUCUUAAAACGGUAAGGCGUACGGACGGCCGCCUGGGCGAUCCUAUUUUCACAUGUAUCGCUGCGGGAGAUAAAGGGGGCAUGGAGCUCCGGAGGAUAUCGCCGCCGAUUUUGGCGUUGGAUCGUGCGGAGAAAGAGGAAGAAGGCAGCGGUGACUGGCGAAAGAAAGACGGGAACGGCCGGCUCUCGAGGAUAUUGAAAACGGUUUUCACCGCGAAUUCAUUGGAGAAAAAUAAGAAAAGAAAACUUGGACGAGGCUCAUUUCGAUCAGAAUCCAAUAUUACCGCAAGCUCCAUUGAUAUGUCAGACUCGCUGGAUGAAAAUUCAAUGCAUAAACACAAAAUGUUCGAUGAUAACAACCUUAGAGCUGAUUCGAAUGUUUCUUCAUCUUUACGUUGUUCUUCUGCGCUCACUUCGACCUGCUUCGGUUCUUCCCGUUCUAACUCACGUACUACUUCCGAUACGAGGUCUUCAUCUCAGAGAUCCAAGUCGUUUGGACCGAAUGCAGCAGUGUCUAAACAAAGGGGGCAAGACAGCAUCCAAGAAGGCAGAAAAGGAUGUCACGCUUCUAAUGUUGUUUUGUGUUUGCUUCUUAUUAGUCUUGUGGUUUUGAUAUUUUGCGGCAAGAUUUGCUCUAUUUUGUGUACUUCAACGUGGUUUAUCUUUAUACGUUGGAGCGCCAGACACGAGUAUCUGGAGGAUGGGGCAGAGUCCCCAAAGAUUGUCUCGAAGUUGGAGUCAGAGUCGGAGGAAUAUAAUAAGGAGGUCGUCAUGGAAGGACCAUUGAGAAGGAACCGUUCUCGCCGCUUAUUGACGUUCUGAUCUUUAUCUUGUUCUAUUUUUGUUUCUUGGAGCUGACAAAAGGCCAAGCAAUAAAUGGUUAAAUGGUCUAGUAUUGUGUAGUUCUUUUGUCUUUGCAUAUCUUUGAGAGGUAUUUGGGAGAUUUCGUUGCA